AAAGUCUUUACCUUAAGUUCGAAAAGCCAAACGGCCAGUGGUACUACUAAAAUUGCAUGGCAACCUCAACAGGGAAAUUACCUAGCAACCACAACAGUCCAUUCUGUUGAUAUUUAUGAUCGUCAUGGAGAAGUGAAAGAAGAAGUCAGUUUACCCGGUGCUUGUGCUGGUAUAUCGUGGGAUAAAGAUGGCGAUAAUUUGGCUAUCAUACAAGAUAAAUCGGGAGUUAUUUUCUUAUGGGAUGCAAAUUCGCGUAAAAUCAGUAAAGUUGACAGCGGUUUAAAGGACUCAUUAACUUUUGUUUCCUGGUCUUCCGUAGCGGAUUCCCUAGCUAUUGGAACUAAUAAGGGCAAUUUAUUAAUUUAUAAUCAUCAAACAUCAAGGAAAAUUCCAAUCCUGGGAAAGCAUUCUAAAAAGAUUACAUGUGGUGCUUGGAAUUCAAAUAAUCUUAUCGCCCUAGGCUCCGAAGAUAAGACUAUCACUAUCAGCAAUGUUGACGGAGAUACAAUUCGACAGCCUGCAAUUCGAGGGGAGCCAUCAAAUAUACAAUUUUCGACAAUGAAAACAGAUGAAAGGAAAAGUAACACCGAGGAAACUACGGUUAGUGUCAUCAUUGCUAAAAAGACACUAUUUCUGUUCAAUAUUGAUGAUCCAGAUAAUCCCAUUGAGUUGGCUUUUCAGCCGAGAUACGGAAACAUUGUCUCCUAUCGAUGGUAUGGUGAUGGCUACAUUAUGAUUGGGUUCUCAAAUGGCUACCUUGUGGUUAUUUCUACCCAUAUGAAGGAAAUUGGACAGGAAUUAUUUCAAACCCGAGAUUUUAAAGAUUAUCUUGGCUCAGUUAGUAUCUCAUUUUCUCUUGGUAAAGCAGCCUCAUGCGGUGAUUCCAGUGUUAAAAUUCACGAUAUAUCUGACUUGAAGGAAAUUUACGGAGUCAUUUCUCUUGAAGAUGAAAAAGAUAACUUGAUGAAAUUAGAAUGGACCGAUGAUGGCCAAUUGCUUGCCAUAGCUACACAAAAGGGUAAUGUUCAUGUUCACCUAACAAGACUUCCGGUACUUGGCUGUGGUUAUGAGAUGCGUCUAGCUUAUUUAACAUCGCUAUUAGAAGUAACAGUGCUACCUAAUUUUCAUGAGGAAGAAAACUCUUUAAAAAUCGAUAUUGAAGUCGAGCCUUCCUUUAUAGCCUUAGGUCCAUACCAUUUAGCUGUUGGUAUGAAUAAUCGAGUCUGGUUUUACUAUUUCGAAGAGUCUGGUCCCCAAAAACUUAAUGAGAAAGAUUAUUUGGGUACAGUCAGUACUAUUCGCCUUAAUUCUGAUUAUGCUGCUGCCAUGCUUAAAAACAAAAUUCAACUACAUUUGAUUGAAACAGAUGAAAGUGGUUUAGGGCAUGACCGAGAGACUAAACUUUUCCCUGAGGAAGAUGAUAAAACUGUCAUCACAUGCUAUGAUUUAACAAAAAAUUUUCUUAUCUAUGGCAGUGAUGCUGGUAAUAUUCAAUACUUUUAUAUCGAAGAUUGGAAAUUUGUUAACGAAUAUCGCCAUGGAAUCGGCAUACGCAAAGUUUGCUGUAAUCCAUCAGAAACCAUACUUAUUUAUAUUGAUGAUAAGAAUGAUGGCUUUAUUUAUAAUCCGAUCAAUGACGCAACAGUCGAUAUCCCAGAUUUCUCUCCAACCGUUAAAGGCGUACUCUGGGAAAGCUGGCCCAGCGAUAAAGGAGUGUUUUGCACCUACGACGAUCAAAACGUGUAUACUUAUAUUUAUUGGAGCGACAGUAUCUUUGGCCCUGAAUGUAAAUUAAUUGGCAAAACCAAGCUACCAUUCAAUCAGGUGCCAUUUCUUUUGUAUGAUGGGGAAGUAAUAUGCCAAACACAGAAUGGCAAGACAGCCAGGGUGGUUUUGACUACCCAUAGCCGAUUCAGUAGAUUGGAUGAACUAGUGGAAGAAGAAUUAAGAAUUGCCCUUACCCAAUGCCUCUCUCUUAGACGUUUCAAAGAUGCUUGGAAUAUUGCUACCCAGCUAAGUCAGAAACAGUUCUGGAUAGAAAUUGGUAAAGCAGCGCUUCAGAAUUUAGAAAUUGAGGAAGCUGUACGUGUCUAUCGUCAUCUGAAAGAUGUUGGGAUGGUCCUGUCGUUAGAGAGUGUAAAAAAUGUUGAGAAUAAAUAUUUACUCGCUGGGCACAUGGCACUAUUCUUAGAAGAAUAUAAUCUUGCCCAAGAUCUCUUUUUAACAUCAAAUAAUCCCAAAGUGGCUUUAGAGAUGCGAUGUGAUUUACAUCACUGGGAUCAGGCAUUGCAAUUGGCCAAAAACUUUUCGCAGGAAGAAGUCGCUUACAUAUCCAAGGAAUACGCGCAACAAUUAGAAUUCAUGGGCGAUUAUCCGAAUGCACUAGUUAACUACGAGAACGGAUUAACAAACGAUAAUGAGAAAAGUGAAGAUAAUGCUAUUUGUACUGCUGGUGUAGCAAGAAUGGCUAUCCGUGUAGGAGAUAUCCGAAGGGGCGUUGGUAUAGCUGCAAAAUCAGGAAAUCGUCAAUUAUGUCGAGAAUGCGCAACUGUGCUAGAAGGAAUGAAACAAUUUCCUGAGGCUGCAGCUUUAUAUGAGAAAGGCCAAUACUUCGAUAAAGCUGCUACCAUCUAUAUUAGAACCAAGAACUGGGCUAAAGUGGGAGAAUUACUUCCUGAAGUUUCUUCUCUUAAAAUCCAUGCUCAGUAUGCUAAGGCCAAGGAAGCUGAUGGUAAAUAUAGCGAUGCAGUUCGCGCUUAUGAAAAUGCCAAAGACUUUGAUAGCGUUAUCAGAAUCAAUUUAGAGCAUUUACAGAAGCCAGAAGAAGCAGUUAGGAUAGUCCGAGAGACUCAUUCUGUCGAAGGUGCUAAAAUGGUAGCAUUAUUUUUUCAAAAACUUGGAGAUUUUGCUUCAGCAAUUCAAUUUCUUAUUAUGUCCAAGUGUACAAACGAAGCUUUCCAACUAGCAACGACGCAUGAUCAAAUGGAACUAUAUGCCGAAAUAAUAGGAGACGAUGCUAGUAGCGAAGAAUACGAGAGCAUAGCUCUAUAUUUUGAAAAUAGAAAAUAUUAUUUCUUAGCUGGUAAAUUCUUCUUGAAGGCCACAAAAUAUGUCAAGGCAUUGAAGUACUUUUUGCGUACUCAACCACCUGGCGAAGGAAAUAAAAGCAUUGACAUGGCAAUUGAAACUGUUGGUCGCGCUCAAGAUGAAGCAUUAACUCAUCAAUUAAUUGAUUACCUAAUGGGCGAAGUAGAUGGUGUACCUAAAGAUGCCACCUAUUUGUUUCGAUUAUAUAUGGCUCUUCGCCAGUAUCGUGAAGCUGCUAGAACAGCAAUUAUUAUUGCUAGAGAAGAACAAACCCAAGGCAAUUACAGAGUUGCUCAUGAUCUGCUAUUUAGCAUGUGUCAAGAAUUACGCAAGCAAAAAAUUAAGAUACCUUCGGAAAUGUCUCAGAAUCUUAUGAUUUUACAUAGUUAUAUAUUAGUCAAGAUGCAUGUAAAACGGGGCGAUCAUGUGAAAGCAGCCAGAAUGCUAAUUAGAGUAGCAAAUAAUAUUAGUAAAUUUGGAUCACAUGUUGUACCAAUCUUGACCUCUACUAUUAUCGAAUGCCAUCGAUCUGGAUUAAAAAAUUCUGCAUUCGGCUAUGCGGCUAUGCUGGUUCGCCCAGAAUAUCGUAAUAAAAUAGAUUUAAAGUAUAAAAAGAAAAUAGAACAAAUCGUCAGAAAACCAGAUAAGUCUGAAGUAGAAGAAACUCAACAACCCUGUCCUUUCUGCAAAUAUGAGCUACCUCAAACACAACUUGAUUGUCCUGACUGUAAAAAUACUAUCCCAUAUUGCAUAGUUACGGGACGCCAUAUGACUGUCGAUGAAUGGACUAAUUGUCCAAAGUGUAAUUUUCCUGCUCUAUAUGAAGAUUUUAAAUCAAUUAUUGAGGAUGAGAUUCCAUGUCCGAUGUGUUCAGAAACUUUUAACGCUUCCGAAAUAACCAAAGUGUCUGAUAUUACGCCAUUUCUACACCCCGACGGAGAAGAUUAG